GCCGACGUCCUCACUUUCCUGGUAUGGGUUGCCUCCUUCCUGGCUGCGUCUUGCACAUCGUCAUCGGGGUGCCCGCUUCUGUGAUCGAAACUAGUGUCUCAGCAUGAGCACAUCGAAAACCCAGAGCAGCCUUCAAUGGUCUGUAGGUGCAGGCCGACGUCGGAGUUCUGGAUUGGUAGAUUGUGGAGCUCUGGUUCGAGUGUCCAGCUGCAUAUAAUUGCAUCAACCUUCCGACUCUGUUUCUGUGUCUGUAGAGGCCGACAGUCUCACCUUGUUGAAAGUCAAGCUGUCGCUUCCUCAAAAUUACUGGCUCCCUCUUGGUCAAGGACCUAGCCAGUUGAUGUUUUUGUUGCCCUUUAACUCUCUCUCUCUCUCUCUCGAUCACACACUUUCUGGGCUGAGAGUGGUCAAAGUUGCACAUCUGGCGCAGCGCAUCAUACAUUUUUCACCUGCAGGAGUGGGAGUGCAGCUGAGAGUCGUGAGCAUAGGGAGUGAAGCAGGCUAUAAGCGUCGAGCCCUCACAGUAAGCAUUCUGUCAAUUACAGGGACGUUUCCGAGUGGCAUCAGCCCCGUUUUCAACACAAUGUGCACACAUUGCUGCUCGGUAUCGCAAGUGAUAUCUGCUCCAGCACACGCAUCUCGUCUCCUUUUAGACGACAUGAGAAGGGAAAGAGCUUCUGAAUGCAGAGCACUUCUCGAGGGCCAACAGGACGUCGUCAUUUUAUAAAAGCUUUGAAACUGUGAUAAACAACUUCUGUCUCUAUCGGAGGUUCACGUCCAAGUGUUGGGUUGCGUUUUGUCAGUCUAUCACUCGGAAGAUCGGGGCUAUGGGACGAACUGCGCAGUCUUCAGUUUUGCUCUCAAGUACUUACGUGCUGGUGCUGCUUGUGUGGAGCCUGCACUCAGCUGGUGCAGCAGAUGCAAGGCGUGUACUGGCCCAAAAUGCUUCGGGGCCAUCGGUGGAGGUGGCGGGGCAGGAGGACGAGGGAGCUGUGGUGCCGCCUCAGAAGAAGCUGCCCGUGAUCUCCAUCGUGGUGGGAGUGAUCUCGGCGGUGAUAGCAGUGUUCUUCCUGGCGCUCACAGCCAUGGGCUACUUCCAGAACCGAUGCGAGGACAAGGCACGGGGUUCUCAGAGGAGACGGCUGUGCCCAGCUCCAGCAGCAGGCGCAGCUGGAGCGAUCCAAGGAGGCCAUCAGCCCGAAAAGUACAGCCUGCGAGAGCUGCAGGCGGCCACCGUGAGCUUCACUCAGAAGCUGGGCCGAGGAGGCUGUGGGGCAGUGUUCAAGGGCAUUCUGUCCAACUCCAAAGAGGUGGCCGUCAAGCUCGUGGACGACUACACGCCCGGCGAGUUCGAGGUCGAGAUCCGCAGAGUCAGCUCCCUGCACCACGACAACCUCAUGCAGAUCUACGGCUACUGCACCGAUGGCGACCACUGCCUCCUGGUCCAAGAGUACUUCGCCAAUGGCUCCCUGCGCAGCUUCCUCUACUCCAACACCUGCAGCUCCGUGGGCUCCAACUCCUGCCACAACAACAACAAGGUUCUGGAUUGGAGUGCUCGGUUGAACAUCUCCCUGGGAACAGCCAAAGCUCUGGCGUACGUGCAUGGAGUUUGCAGCUCGGGCUUCAACAUCCAUGGACGUAUCAAGCCCGAGAACGUGCUGCUCUCGGAGGAUCUGAACCCGAGGCUGGCGGACUUUGGGUUCGUGAGGUGCCGCAGGAAGAGAGACCAUGAUCUGACUCUGGCCACAGCGCAAGGCACGCUCGAGUAUUUCGCCCCUGAGUGGUGGUCCGAUCCCAGUCCCAAGUGCGAUGUGUACAGCUUCGGAAUCCUGCUGCUGGAGAUCAUCGGAGGCCGGAGAAUCGGUGACUUCUAUGACCGACCUCAGUGGGAGUUUCCCGACCUCGACAAGCAGCAGAGCGAGGGCCAGGGCCUGGAGGGUGGAGUCACGGAGCUGCUGGACCCCGAGCUCAAGGGCAAGGUGGACCUAGCGCAGCUGCACGUCGCUCUGCAGGUGGCCUAUUGGUGCAUCCAGUACGAGGCCAGAGCGCGACCUUCCAUGGCUCAGGUGGUCGAUUAUCUGGAAGGCCGAGUGCAAGUGUCUUGCCCUCCCACUCCUUCCAGCUCCGCCAUCUUCACUCCUCUGCAUUUGAGCUACAGCGCCAGCCUCGAGGCUUUCGGCUUCAGAGGCGGCAAUGGUGUGGAGAUUGUGAAUGCUCGAUAAACGACUGCACCAGAUUCGUCUGGUGAGGUCUGAUCGAGUAGACACAUUUUUGUAUAGAGGACUCUCUCUUCUCUUUCUCUCUCUGGCCAGAGGUUCAGAGUGUGCUUGCUUCGGAGACUGGUGCGUCGAUGAUGAUGAUGAUGCCGACGACGACGGAUGGCUUCACGAGCUCCUUUUGUACAUAGUCGAUACUCUCAAUGUAAUUUGUGCUCGAAAUACUCAAUUCAAGUGCUCACCUCGCUUCAUUCCCCCCUCCCUCACUUUGUGGUCGAGUCGGCUUGAUACCUUUGGACUUACUGCAUCACUAGAUGUACUUUGAACGUGUCAUCUCCUAUGGCUUUCAAUAGGAGUUGUAAAAUUUGGAAUUUCUUGAAGUUUUGUCCUCAGGUCUGUCCACAGUGCAGGACACAGCCACCUCUCUCCUAUCGGUGUAUGGCCUCAGUGGACAGUAAAGAGAAUGAUUUUUAUUC